AUGUCGCAAUCUAGAGGGUCUAGUGUAGAUUGUGUGGCGGAAAGCAAACUUGAAUUGUUGGUCGCUAGAGGUAAUGAACACGGGCGGGACAUGGCUCGCUGCUGGAGGCGUCUGGUUCGUGAGGUAAGGAGGGAUGGGGGGAGGGGAGGAGGGGGAUCGGGAGGUGCACCGGCUGUGGAAAGGGUGGAUGCCACGCGUCCUGUAUGCACAACGCCGCUUCCGCAUUCGUUAAUGCAAAAGCGGGCGAAGACUUCAGGUGAAGGUCAACUGCUCGUAACUCAGAGUCCCCACUCAUCUGACAAGAACAAUAAUCCUGAUAAUAUUAAGGAAAAUGUUUAUCGCGAGAACCCUAAUCUCACGGGACAGUAA